AUGAAUGCCACUUAUCCAUUCGUGUGUCUUGCUUUGUGGUUAUUGUUCCUUUUAGAUGUAAGAAAAUGUGAGAAAUUAAUUUCUAAAUUAACAAAAAAUGGAGAUUUGGACUUAGUUUUAUUAUAUGAUAUUGGUUUUGUUGAUGAUUCUGAAAAUAAUCAUAUGAAUUGUUUAGAAAAUAUAGCCGAGUUAGGUAAAAAUUUGCUGGUUAGGGAUAAUAAAAAUAUUAACCUGUCAUAUAUAACAUAUGAUGAUAUAAAUGUUGAUUUAAGAAUAGAAUCAAGGAAUAAUAUUGGAGUAGAUAAUGAAAAUAGUUAUGAUAAGGAUAAUAAUAGUUCUUACAAAUUUAGUAGUGAUAAAAAUAUAGAAGAAUUUAAAAAUGAAGUGUUAGGUACUAAAUUAAAAUCAUCAUAUAAAAACUCAGCUCAUUUAAAAGCAUUAAAUUAUGUAGGUUUAAAACAUUUUUAUAAUUCAGAAAAGGAAUCAGUUAAAAUGGUUAUUAUGUUUAUGAAUACAGAUGGUGAUUAUAAUAAUAUGAAUAAUAUAUCUUCUAGUUAUGCUGCAGAGUUAAAUUUAGUACAUUAUUUAUUCGAUAGAAAAAACAUUAUAUUAAAUAUAAUAACAAGAGUAGCUUUUAAAAAUUAUUGUCAUUAUAUACAACGUAUAGGUUCAAAUACUAAUGAACUAUUAAAAUGUGUAUUAAAAAAUUCUUUUUAUAAUAAAUCAGCAUUAACAUAUGAAAUUAUAAAAUAUUAUGAUGACAUAUCCAUUAAUGCAAUAUGUCAUGGGUGGUCUGAAUGGUCUCCAUGUUCUGUGACAUGUAACAUGGGAUAUCAUUUUAGUAAAAGAGAUUCUUUAGGAUAUAUAAAAAAUUCUAAAAGUGGUUUAUAUAAAAGGAAAGGAAGAAGUUGUUUAGAACAAAGAAAUCUAAUAAUUCAAGAAUGUUUUAAUACAUCUUGUGAUCACUCAUUAGAUAUUUGUGAUAAUAUAUAUAUGGAUAUAUCAAUAUUAUUAGAUGACUCAUCAAAUAUAACAUUAGAAUCAUGGAAUAAAUAUAUAAUACCUUUUGUUCGAAAAUUUAUUACCCAUUUUAAUAUAAAUAAUAAUCAAAUAAAUUUCUCAUUAACUACAUAUUCUAGUUAUACAUAUAAUUGGUUCAAUUUUUCAAAUGUACUUUCAAAUGAUAAAGAUAAAUUAUUAACAUAUCUAGAAUUUUUUAAAUUUAAUUUUGGAUCCUCUACAAAAAAUAUUAAACAAGCUAUACAGUAUAUGAAUGAUCAUGUUUUAAAUACAAACUAUCGAAGAAAUGAUUCAAAGAAAAUUAUGUUAAUUAUUAAUUCAGGGGAAAUCGAUAAUAAAACUGUUGCUUCGGUACCAGAUAUUAUUCAACGUCUUAAAGAUACACAUAAUGUUCAAGUAUAUUCUAUAUGUAUUAAUAAUCAAAAUUUCAAAAAUUGUAAUAAGUUAAGUACUCAUUCGAUGGAGAAGUAUGCCUCCAACUUUGCCUUUUCUUUACCAAACGCUUCAGAUUUGAGGUAUAAUAUGUUCGAUAUUCAAAAAAGUAUAUGUCGCAAUGUGGCUGGGACAUUUAGAAGAAAGCUCAGGAGUGGAAACAAGGAAGGUGAGGAUCAGAGGGAAGAUGAAGAUGAAAAAGAAAGUGAAGAUAAAAAAGAAAGUGAAGAUAAAAAAGAAAGUGAAGAUGAAAAAGAAAGUGAAGAUAAAAAAGAAAGUGAAGAUGAAAAAGAAAGUGAAGAUGAAAAAGAAAAUGAAGAUAAAAAAGAAAAUGAAGAUAAAAAGGUCUAUAAAGAUUACAAGAAAGACCAAAGCAAGAAUGAUAAUAAAACAGAUGAACGAAAGGACGAAGGAAAUAUAUCCACUCCAAAUGAGCAUUACAUUUCAGAAAAAAUGGAUGAUGAGGAUAUAAUCACACAAUAUAAUGAAGAAGAUACAGAUAAUCAUUCAAAUGACAACAUAAUAAUAGAUGAUGAUCCGGUUGGACAAGACAAUUCAAUUUUUAAAAACAAAAAUUUUUUUCUGGGAAGAAGAAAACAUGAUUCUAAAUACACCAGCAAAUUAAGUAUUAAUAGUUUAGGAGAUAUAAAUGAAUUUAAUGAUGAUUAUAAUAAUUAUGAUUAUUACGAUGAUGAUCCAACAAAUAGAAAUAAGGGAUUUUUAAAAAAGAAUUCAAUUAUUUUGAAAUCAUUAUAUAAUUUAAAUGAAGAUUAUGUAAACAACAAUAUAGAUAAUGAUGCUGGUAGUACUAGUAGUCAUUCUAGAAAAAAUAAUUCUGGUCACAAUGAUAUACCACAUUUUAAAAAUAUGAGGAAAUAUAAUUCAGAAACUAAUAUUCCUCUCUGUAGUAAAAGUAAUAAAAGUACGAAUAAAAAAUUGUUGAAUAGGUUAUAUAAUAUGUUAUUUAGGAAAAAAAAAAAAUAUCGUAUUAAAAAUAUGGAUGAACAAUCAAAAAAAAAAGUAGAGAAGUUUAUUGAAAAUAUAAAAUUCUCAAAAGAAAACAAUGACGAUAAUAGGAAAAUUGAUGAACAAAAUAUAGAAAUACAAUUUGAUACGCUCUUGGAUGGUAUAUUUGAUUUCUUACAAGAUUAUGAUAAUUCAAGUCUCAAUGCGUUUAAUAAUUCUACGCCAGAUGAUGAUUUUGUUUACUUUUCAAAUACAAGACCUUGUGGUGUCUCCCUUAUGGACUUUCCUAUAUAUGAUAUGGAAAAUAUGGAAGCAGAAAUAGGAGGAAAAGGAAAUGAUGAUAAUGAUGAUGAUGGUGAUGGUGAUGGUGAUGAUGAUGGUGAUGGUGAUGGUGAUGAUGAUAAUGAUGGUGAUGGUGAUGCGGAUGAAAAAAGAAACGAUUAUAUAUCUCAAUAUAACUUGGUAUUAAAAGAUAAAUCACAUAAUGAUAAUUAUUAUAUGACGAAUGAACAUGACGAACGGAAGAUAGAGAAACAAGAAAAUAUUGAUAUAUUAUCAAAGGAAGAAAAUAAUAUUUCCUCGAACUAUAAUAAUGACCUUCAGAGAGCUAAGAGAUCGUUAGAUUUUCCAGAAAUGUUUAUUAAAGAGAAUUAUGAAAAACCAAAAGAUAUUAUUCAUAUAUCUAAAAAGAAAGAAGCAAAUGAAAGUAAUAAUAGUAAAGUACAUAUUAAUUCGAAAAAUAAAAAAGAAAAUAAUAAUGUUGUAGACAAUGUAAUUCCUUAUAAUAAAAAAAAUAUAAAUGAAGAAGAUAAUAAUAUUAAUAAUUCCAUAAAAAUUACACGUAUGGGAAUAUUUAAUAAAAACAAAAUAAAUUGUAGAAAUAAAAAAGCAUCUAAGUUUGAUAAGAUUAAACGUUUUAAUGAUAAGAUACAUAAAGAUAACAAUCCAUUAAUUACAAAUGUGGAAAAUAAAAAUGAAGAAAUCGAUGUGCUAAGAAAUAAUGAAGAUAAAAAACAAAAAAUAUUUCCUAUAAUUAAAAAUGAGAAUGCAAAAGAGACAAGAAAAAAGUAUGAAAACAAUGAUGUAUAUGAAGAACAUAAUAAAACAAAUAUUAAUAAUAAUGUAGAAAAAUUAUAUAAAGAUAAAAAUUCACACCAUAUUAAAAACCAAUAUGAUAAAGCUAAACUUACAGAAAAUAAUGAAGUAACACCAAUAUAUUCAAAAGAUUAUGAUGCAGAUGAUGAAGAGUAUGAACAUUGGCAUGGACAUCAGCAAGAUAAUAAAUCGACCCCGGUAUAUAAAUAUGCAGCUUCCUUUACAUUAGCUGCUAUUUUAUUUUUAGGUUUAUCUUUAUAUUAUAUAAAUAAUAGAAAAGGUAACAAAAUUGUAGACGCAAAAGAAUCUAAUGAUUUUGCCGUAUCUACUAAUGUGAAGGAAACAUCUUGUAAGGAACAAAAUAUAGAAAUAAUGAAUGACACGCAGUGGAAAUAA